AUGGCAUAUGAUAUUUAUGAAGAUGUUGACGACACAACCAUACCUGCAAGUGAAGUAAAGUCAGGUGAACCAAAAAGUGACGAAAAACCGAUAGAAGAAGGUGAGCCAAAAACUGAAGAUAAACCAAAACCAAAGGUUAGUUUCCAAACUAAACCAAGUCAACCUUCAUUAGCUGGUAUGGGUUGGCGUCAAAGGCUUCUGGUAGCUGGUGGUUACGUAAAGUAA